ACAGUGCACAACCAGGAGUCUGAAAAUGAAGACCAAGUAUGCAAUCGUCUUCAUUUUUAUUGUGGCCCUGGUCAUCCUGGAGAAGGAAAGCAACAUCCUUUCGAGGGUCUCUGAUAAACUGAUACAAAGGCAAACGCCUCAGACCCCUUCUCCUCUGGACUUCAGCAACAUGACUCAAAGCGGCCUGUCACUGCUCAAGAUGCUCCUCUCCAAAUUCAACGGUACGCACCGGAACUCCACCGAAGACCAAGAGCUGGACGAUGACCCGAUCUUCAACUACAACGGCGGGCGCAAACACGUUCUGCUUCUGGCCACCACGAGGACCGGCUCCUCGUUCGUCGGCGAGUUCUUCAACCAGCACGGAGACAACAUGUUCUACCUUUUCGAGCCUCUCUGGCACGUGGAGCGCAUGCUAGCGACGGCGGCGGAGUCCAGCAACGCUACCGUGCUGGCGGGGAUUUAUCGGGACGUCCUGCAGGGGCUGCUCUUGUGUGACUUUUCUCCUCUUGAGAAGUUCAUCUCCCCAGCGCCGCUGGACCACGUCACCCCUGACCUUUUCAGAAGAGAGUCCAGUAUCUCGCUGUGUGAGGAGCCAGUGUGCACGCCGGUGAUCAAAGAUGUUUUUGAGAGGUAUCACUGUAAGACUCGCCGCUGUGGUCCGCUGAACUUGACCCUGGCGUCGGAGUCUUGCCUUUCCAAGCAGCACCACGCCAUCAAGACGGUCCGGGUCCGUCAGCUGGACACGCUGCAGCCGCUAGUGGAGGACGCUCGUCUGGACGUCCGGGUCAUCCACCUAGUUCGGGACCCUCGGGCCAUCUUGGCAUCCCGCAUGGUGGCUUUCUCCUCAAAGUACCAGACGUGGAAGACCUGGGCGCAGGACGGCCAGGUGCCAGAAGAUGAUGAGGAGGUGAAGAGGCUGAAAGGAAACUGCGAUAACAUUCGACUGUCCGCCGAAGUGGGCCUGAGCCAACCGCGCUGGCUGAGAGGCCGAUACAUGCUAGUUCGCUACGAGGACAUCGCCAGAUACCCCAUGCAAAAAGCGGAAGAGAUGUACAGAUUCACGGGGGUGCCGUUCAGUCCACAGGCGAGGGAGUGGAUCCUGAGGAACACGCAGACCACACAGGGGGCCAGCGGGAUAUAUUCCACUCAGAAAAACUCAUCGGAGCAGGCGGAGAAGUGGAGAUUCAGCAUUCCUUUCACACUGGCUCAGGUGGUGCAGAGGGUGUGCGGACCCACCAUGAAGCUGUUCGGGUACAGAUUCGUCGACAGCGAGAAAACACUGAGGAACAAAUCCAUCAGUCUGCUGAAGGAGAGGCUCUUCCAGAGAGUUUGAUGACAGUUGCACAAACCAAAUCCUUUAUUUAUCUUAAUAACCUACUGCCAUAAAGUCACCCCCACGGUGCCUCCAAGUUACACUGCUGGUGGAAAAGGGAAAGCCUGAUUCAAAACAGGGGUCAUGUGUUUCAUAGAAUGUACGAUGAAGCAAAAAAGCACUAUCUAUCCUGCAUCUAAGGUGAUGCAGCUGAGAAUGGAAGAAAAAUUUAGAAUUCAGGACAUGAAUUUACUGCAACAUUAGCACUGACGCUGGUUACGUCCACGCCAAAUGCGAUCCGUGUGACAGCGACUGAUUUACAUGUAAAGGUAAUGUUGAGGCGUGAUAAAUACGGUGGCCCAGAAGGGCAAAAGACAAAAGAGAAGUACGACCACAAACCAAAAAGCACAUCUACAAAAACGGAAUCCCCAAAGAAGAAACACAUUUACAUAAACAGAAUCACAAUCACAAAAACAGAAUCGCGACUGUUGUGCAAUUUGUCCAAGUUUACUCCUUUCUACGGUUUGCAUCAAAGUUAUUUCAAAUCAGUUUUCGUGGUUGGGUUUCUGUUUUGCGUUUUUUUUGUGCAAUUUUUGUAAAUGUAUUUUCGGUUUGGAGAUUGCUGUUUGCCCUUUGGGGCCACCGUAGAUAAAUGAACUGUCGCUCUACGAUAUGGGGGCCAGGGAUGCGACAUGUUUAGGGCGAUACGUUGCCAACUUGUUGUGCAGUCCUACUUACAGUGUUUUUAUCUGUUUAGUUUUCACACAUUUAUGAAUGUGCUGUUGAAAAUGGGAAACAAAGUUGAAAUGUAGUAGUCAUGAUUCGCAGGCUAACCAGGUUGUUAGCUUAGUAGCAUAUCGCGUUUGGUCAUAAUUUAAAUUCUGAUAGCUGAGUGUGUGUAACGGGAAUAGGAAGAAGGUGCCACGGCUGAUUCGAUGCAACUAUAAAGUACACGGAACAAGAAUUGCUCACUUGGGAAAGGGAUGUCUGGGAAGAAUGUUCAGCUGCACAACUAGCCUCUGUUAGAAAAGCCAUGGGUUCAACAAGUUUGCAAUAUUUCUAUGAACAUUAACAAACCAAAACAUGAAGUCUUGAACCGUGGAACAUAUUUUAUUAUAAAGCACUUGAGCGGCUCCACGGUGAAGGCCUUACUGCAGGGAUGGAACCAAAUACAGUCCAGCAAUACAUGUAUGAAAAGACGUUAAGCCAACAAAAUGAAGAGAGAUAUAUUGAGUCAAACGAAUGAUAAUGGCUAGGGUUAGUCCCAAACCAUAACCUCUUUAUAUUUGAUCUUUCUGAACUGAUUCAUUUUGGAUUCUACAAGUUUGUCAACAAGUUUUCUGUUCCACCCAGGAAGAGUCAGUGUUGUCUUUUUACUGUCUGUUGUCUCCGUUUUGAUGUGAAAAGGUUGUUAUAAACUGGCGUCCUGAAGCGGACGAACGCGUCCUGUGCCUUUAAGUGAAACCCAGGUGCUGUUGCGUUAACUGUCUCUCGGCAACAUAUAAAGGUGUCCACUGUGAGUCCACUUGAAUGGAGUUAUUGUGUUGGGUUUGGCCGAGCUGAAACUGGCUGGCUGCUGGUGGAAAAGGGAUAUGCAUUACAGGACGGUAUAGCAGUGACCUUGUGCCGUUGCUGUGUUUACAACAUUAAUAUUUACUAGCCGUUUGAAGAGGUGGAACCGAAUUGUGAGAGAAUGUGCUGUUUAUUAGAAGGAACGUGU